AUGUCUUCUCAUGAAAUUAUUCAAGUUAUAGAACCAGCGGAUCCACCGGAUUCAAAACGCGAUACUUCCUUGUGGAAUAGUCCUUUUCUCUAUACAAAAUAUAUCAUAAAAAAUGUAUCAAUACCAGAAUUAAGUGGCAGCCUUGGAGAUUUAGGCACUUUGUUACCGAUUUUGGUGUCUCUUGCAAUCACCGGUCAAGUUUCUUUAACCUCAUCGCUUAUAUUUGGAGGUCUUUGGAAUAUCAUUAGUGGCUUAAUUUUUCGAAUUCCCAUGUGUGUUCAACCUAUGAAAGCUGUCGCAGCGGUGGCUCUUUCAGCACAUUUAACAAUAGGUGAAGUAAUGUCCGCAGGUAUUGGUGUUGGUGCUAUGAUAUUUUUUCUUGGAGUCACUAGGACUAUUUACUUAGUUGGAAAAUGGACUCCGAUCUCAAUAAUUAGAGGUAUUCAAAUGGGUGCAGGUUUAACACUCGUAAUUAAAGCUGCAGCUCUUGUUCAACAACGUAGUAGUUGGGGUGGUAGUUCUUGGCAAUGGAGUGAUAAUUAUGAAUGGGUUAUUCUCUCUUUUAUAUUCGUAUUUAUUUUUUAUACAUAUCGAAGAGUACCAACUGCUUUAAUUCUGUUCUUUUUGGGCUUAAUUAUCGCCUUAAUAAAAGUCUUUACCGCCAAUAAUAAGAGCAAUUUACCAUCUGUAUCAUUUAAUUAUCCUGAAGUUGUUGUCCCUACUUCAGCCGAAUUCAAAAAUGGUUUUCUCAGUGCUUCUCUCGGUCAGCUCCCAUUAACUGCUCUCAAUUCGGUCAUUGCACUGGCAUCAUUAGCUGAAGAUUUAUUUCCUAAAUGGUCUCAUGUGGUUACUGUUGAAAAAAUUUCGGUUUCCAUCGGACUUAUGAAUAUUGUUGGUUGUUUUUUCGGUUCGAUUCCUUAUUGUCAUGGCUCAGGUGGACUGGCUGGCCAGUACCGUUUUGGUGCAAGAACCGAAGUUAGCAUUUUGUUUCUUGGACUGUUGAAAUUACUCGCGGGAAUAUUAUUUGGAAGGACUUUAACAAGCCUUUUAAAUUAUUUCCCAUUAUCAAUUCUCGGUGUCAUGCUCUUUGUGUCUGGAACUGAGCUAUCUGUAGCGGCAAAAAAUUAUUCGGACUCUGAUAGUGAUGACGAUGAGACAAAAAAGAGGGAUUUCACUUUAAUGAUUAUAACAGCGGGAUUAUUGGUCGGUUUCCAAAAUGACGCAAUUGGUUUCGUUGGUGGCAUGUUAGUUAGUCUUUUGUUUUUUAUUGCUAGUUCUUUUAGUCGUAAAUUUUAUCAAUCUCCCACUACCCAUCAAUCUCCUAUUACCCCCACUUCCUAUCAAUCUCCCACUUCCUAUCAAUCCCCCACUUCCUAUAAACCUCCUUCUACUGUAUAG